AUGACAGCAUGGUCCAUGGUGGAGAAGCUCAAAAUGGAAAAACGCCCAUGCAGGGAGAACGUUGACUCAAGCGAGGCGCAGCAUGCCACUGACGAGUCGGAGGACGGCAGCAGCUCGGAGAGCGAAUCGGAGGGGCAGCGGCCCCGGAGGCCUCAGGCGGCCGGCGGCGGCUGCAGGAGACGGGAGCCGCUGACCGUCACCAAGCCCCACCGGCAGCUCUGCCGCUCGCCCUGCCUGGACCGGCCCAGCUUCUCCCAGAGCAGCACCGCGCAGGACGCCCGCGAGGAACCCGCCAGCGAGAAGGAGUACCAGACCAAGAUGGAGUUCGCUCUGAAGCUGGGCUACUCCGGGGAGCAGGUGGAGACGGUGCUCCACAAGCUGGGCGCCGCCGCGCUGAUCAACGACGUCCUGGCGGAGCUGGUGCGGCUCGGGAACAAGGCGGAGCCCGAGGGGCCGCCCGGGGGCGCCACGGCAACGAGCGCGCCGCGGUCGCCCUGCGCCAAGGAGACGGUCAGCCCGGAGGCCUCGGUGGAAGAGGAGUCUGUGGACACCUGUGACAACCUCAGGCCCAUCGUCAUCGAUGGCUCAAAUGUGGCGAUGAGCCAUGGAAACAAGGAGGUCUUCUCCUGCCGCGGUAUCCAGCUUGCUGUAGAGUGGUUUCUGGAGAAAGGACACAAAGACAUCACAGUGUUCGUCCCUGCCUGGAGGAAGGAGCAGUCGAGGCCCGAUGCGCUCAUCACAGAUCAAGAAAUAUUGCGCAAGCUGGAGAAAGAGAAGAUCCUGGUUUUCACCCCAUCCCGGAGAGUUCAAGGCAGGAGAGUGGUGUGCUACGAUGAUCGCUUCAUAGUGAAGCUGGCGUAUGAUUCUGAUGGAAUUAUUGUGUCAAAUGACAACUACAGGGACUUACAAAAUGAGAAGCCAGAGUGGAAGAAGUUUAUAGAAGAGCGUCUCCUGAUGUAUUCGUUUGUCAAUGACAAGUUUAUGCCGCCCGAUGAUCCAUUAGGAAGACAUGGGCCAAGCUUGGAAAAUUUUCUCCGCAAGCGGCCCGUUGUUCCGGAGCACAAAAAGCAGCCCUGCCCCUACGGGAAAAAGUGCACGUAUGGACACAAGUGCAAAUAUUACCACCCGGAGCGCGUCAACCAGCCGCUGCGCUCCGUGGCCGACGAGCUGCGAGCGUUCGCCAAGCUGUCCGCGGUGAAGACCAUGAGCGAGGGCGCUUUGGCCAAAUGCGGCACGGGGCCGGCCGCCGCCAAGGGCGACGGCGGCUCAGAGGUCAAGCGCGUGGCCCCCAAGCGCCAGUCCGACCCCAGCAUCCGCGCGGUGGCUUGCGAGCCUCCGGAGGCCCUCUCCGCCGCCAGGAAGUCUGAGGCCAGUUCAGUGCCUUCCCUGGUGUCCGCCCUCAGCGUGCCCACCAUGCAGCCCGCCAAGAGCCACGCCGCCGGGGCCCUGAACACGCGCUCCGCCAGCAGCCCCGUGCCCGGCUCGCUGCAGUUCGCCCACAGCUCCCUGGAGCACAUGUCCAGCGUGCAGUACCCGCCCAUCCUGGUGACCAACAGCCACGGCGCCUCGGUCACCUACGGCGAGCAGUUCCCCAAGUACGACUCGGUGAGCGACCACGGGUACUACUCGCUGCACAGCGACUUCUCCACCAUGAGCAUGAGCAGCAUGCACAACGUGGACAGCUUCUGUAGCAUGGAGCACGAGCACGUGUACCAGAGGAACCCCGGGCACUGCCCCGAACCCUGCCUCAGCCACUCCAACAGCGACUCCUUCUCCUCCUACGGCGAGCUGUACCCCGGCUCCGUGGACGGCAGCCUGGAGGAGAGCCUGAAGGGGCAGCAGCAGGCCGCCGCUCAGGGCCGCAUGCAGGCCUUCUCCCACGGCUUCCGCCACGAAGUCCUCUCCCGGGUGCAGAGCUACGGGCCCGAAGAGCCCAAGCAGGGGCCCCGCAAGCAGCCCGGCGCCCACCUGGCCCCCCACGUCCAGCACGCCGCCGUGGGGGCGCGGUCCAGCUGCCCCGGGGACUACCCGCUGGCGCAGAGCGUCCUGCCGCCCCUGUCCUCGCAGCCCACGCGCUCGCUGGGCAUGACCCGCAUGGACAGCAUAUCGGACUCCAGGCUGUACGACAGCAACCCCAUGAGACAGAGGCGCCCUCCGCUGUGCCGCGAGCAGCACGCCAGCUGGGACCCGCUGCCCUGCGCCAACGAGUCCUACGGGUACCACUCCUACCCGCUCAGCAACAGCCUGAUGCCGUGCUGCGAGCGGGUGAUGGUGCGCAGCAUGCCCGACAAAAUGGAGCAGAUCUGGAGCUCGCCGUGGGAGAGCCUGUCGGCCGCCGAGCACCAGGAGCGCUACGUCAUCCCCGACCACCAGUACCAGACCUACAGGAACCUCUGCAACAUAUUCCCCGCCUACAUAGUCCACUCGGUGAUGGAGAAGAACCCCCACCUGACGGACCCGCAGCAGCUCGCCGCCGUCAUCGUCACCAAGCUGAGGUCGUGCCACUGAGGAGGGGGAGGGGGGAAAAAAAGGAGGAUUGUGGAUCGCAAAGGCCGGUAUUUGUUUAGUGCUACUGCACGAGCAACAUCUGCCCUCAGGGGUUUCUCAUUUAGUCUCUUUUUCCCGGGCCGGAAUAAAGGCGAUCAGAUUUCUAAAUUGCUAAGAUUAUAGAGGAAAUCAGCACCGAGGAUGUUUUAUAUGAAGAAUCAUGCAGCCAAUGUGAAGUAAUAACUUUUUAGAGAGAGUCAUAACACAUUCACAUUGCCUGAGCAGGAGCAACUAUCAAGCAUUUGUUCAACAUAAUUGAUUAUAGAUAAACGUAGAAAAGAAGGCUUUGAGAUUAGUUUUAAAUUAAACAUUUGGACUGGCUUUUUGGCUCAGAGGCAGGCCUGGUGUUGGGUUCAGUGUUCAGCGUUUGGUUUUGGUGGCUGUGUUUGGUUCUGGCUUUCAUUCAGCUGAAAGGUAAAAUGAAACAAGCAACUAUUAGUGGAAACAUGACGGAGAAUAGGUGUCAAAUUUAUGUAGAAGAUGCCUUCUUGUCAUGAUCAAUUACACAUAUCUGACAUGACACAAAUUUUUGUUUUAUUUGAAUUUGUUCUGUACAGACUCCAUACGGGUUCAGAGUUGGCUUUUGUCAAAUGUUUAUUCUUCAUAAUUUGAGCCCCCCACACACAUAAGGCUUAAUCUAAUCCUAAUUAAUCUAAAUUGGUUUGUACACUGUUUGUACAGCUUUUAAGAGGAUCCUGCUCAGCUGCUGUGGACGUGCUAUGGAGGCCAAACCUGAAGUGUUUCUUGUGUAGUGGAACUCGGACUAACCCGGCUGGGGUCUGCCUCUGCUGUAAACUCUUUGUUUUGUCUUUGUUUUGUCUCCUUUUUUCUUCCCUUUUUGAUAUUUUUAUUUUGAACCUUAUUAGUGCAUUUAAUUCUAAGAUAAAUAAGUGGGAGGUAGGUAUAUACCUCACAGCAUGAACUCUGACAUUUUAUGGCCUUAUAUCUGAAUGACCUCACGCUUUCGUCGUUGUCUGCUUGGUUUCAGUGGAAGUCUUCGUCAUUGAAACCUUUCAAAUGUAAAGCACUAUCGUAGUACCUAAAGAGAUAUAUUUUCUCAGUCUGACUUAACAAAGCUACUAUUUUGGUAGGAUUUGACAAGUGCACAAAGCGAGCCAAAAAAGAGAUUUGACUUGGAUACACGUGCACUCAUUUCUGUACAUAUUAUCACACAAAAGCCAUUAUUUCAAAGUUAUUUAUAAGCUGCUAAAUAAUGCCAAAAAAAGACAGAGGCUCUCUCGUGUCUACACAUAUUUAGAUUUUGGUUCAUAGGAUCAAUUGGACUACAGUAUAAAGUGGCAUCUGUAUUUGGAUCAUUUCUUUUGUAUGUACAGCAACUUUUCCGAGUUUCUUCGAUGCUACAUCUGGGAUUUUGCUAUUUAUACUGUGUAUUUGUCCGAUUUAUUGUGCCGAUUGUUUUCAAUGUUAAAGUAAUCAAAGUAUCUUUGCUUGAAAUAGUAGCUCUCAUGGACUUCCUCAAGUUGUCAGCGGAGCAGUUUUUUUCAGGAACAGGUUCGUUUAGCGUCAGACCACUUUUACAGGCACUUAAGAGGUCUGAUCACUCACUUUUGUCAAUAACCUGAUUCCUGAUUGCAUUGUAGUUUUUUUUUUUUGUUUGUUUUUUAAAAGCACUACCACUUAAAGACAGUAUUUCCAGACUCUGUAAGUAUCAGGCUGACACGCUUUACUCCGAUAGCAAGGCAUUUCUGUAAAUUCACACCGUUUAGAAAUCAGAAAACGUUCACUGAAACUGAGAAAUAUCUUGAAAUGUAGGUUAAGUGAGAUGUGGUUUUAGAAAAACGAAUGAAGUUAUUCAUUUCCAUGCCUUAACUCCAUCCCUUGACGCUGGUUUCUUCUGUGCAUGUGGUGAAACUUCUCUGGGAUGUUUAAAGACUGAAGCAGGUACCAGUAAGGUACACAACUGGUUUUAGAACAGUAAGCACAUUUACGUGGCUCGAGAGGGGAGAAAAGCUGUUAAUCUGUUCCAACUCUUGGCUUAUUUUUGUUGUUUUUUUUUUUUUAUUGCACAUGAACUUUUUCUGCACGAAACCGAGCCUUUCAGUGUCAGACUGACACACCCGGUUAAAUCCCAUAUUUUGGUGUUUCCUUUGGAAAUGGGGACUCGGUCCAUCAGCGUAAAGUGGCACAAAGUCGUAACUAUGACGACCGUUAGUCGGCACUUGGUUGACGAGGGUCGAAACCCGUCACACCUUGUAGAAUAAGAGGUUUCAAAGCUCGAGUAAACGCUAGGGAUAAAGGCCCAGAGUUUCCCUGCCUGGCUUUUAGUGGGAGACGAGGCUUCUGAAGUGCACGUUUUUACAGAAACACGACGGGGAACGAGUAGAAUGGGGGGAACGGGGGGGGUGGCAGGGUUUGAGCGUGCCUUCAGCACAGUGCUCUCAGGAUGCUUU